AUGUUGGAAUAUUUUCAGAAAGGGGCUCCAAAAGAAAUUGUUGAAGAUAGAGAAUUUGUGUUAAGUGUUGCCAAACUCAAUGGUCUUGCUGUUGUUGGAUCCGAUUACUCACCAUUUCGCAAUGACAGGGACAUCAUGUUAGAAGCAAUGAAGAACAAUGGAUAUGCGUUGAAUUUUGCGAGUGAUGAGUUGAAAAAUGAUGCUGAUUUGGUGAUGGAAGCUCUCAAAUGCCAUGGCUUUGUGUUGAAGUAUAGUGAUGAAUUGUUGCAGCAAAGGAUGGAACAUUGUUAUUUUGGUGCUUAUUUGGGAACACCUUAA